CAUCGACGACAUGUCAGCGGUUGUGUCUUGUGGAGGUCCCACCUUGUUGUGUAAUAUAGAGAGAAGUGAAAGUUAUUGAAGCGCCCAGUGUGGAGGAAAGCGUCUGUCUGCUCGUUAACAGUUUCAGAAUGCUGCUGAGAAUAGUGCUGGGUUUCCUGUGUGGUGUAAGAGCCUUAGCCACAGAAAACAACACGGCUCAGCAGCGUCCUCCUCCACUGCUGCUGGUGUCAUUUGACGGUUUCCGGGCAGACUACCUGCGGAGGUUCGACAUGCCAAACCUGAACCACCUGUACAGCCAGGGGGUCCUGGUGGAGCAACUCACCAACGUCUUUGUCACCAAGACAUUUCCUAACCACUACAGUCUGGUGACAGGGUUGUUCGCAGAGUCUCAUGGGAUAUUAGCCAGUAACAUGUAUGACCCCAUCAGCAAAAAGCACUUCCGCACCAGCAAUGACACUGAUCCGAUGUGGUGGAGCCAGGCAGAGCCUCUCUGGUUGACGGCGCUGGACUCCGGCUACAAGACGGCGGCCGUGAUGUGGCCCGGCUCCGACGUGACCAUUAGAAACCGCACAGCGACACAUUUCUUUCCAUACGACUCCAAAGUGACGUUUGAGCAACGACUCAAGAAUGUGACGGAAUGGAUUCUGGGAAAUAAAAAGGAGCCAGGAGUGAUGUUUGCAGCGCUCUACUGGGAGGAACCGGACGGAUCAGGUCACAGGUUUGGCCCAGACAACACCACUGCUAUGCAAAAAGCUCUGAAGGAGGUCGAUGACAACAUCGGCCUGCUGAUGUCAGAACUAAAGCGGACUGGUCUGUUGGGCCACGUCAACGUCCUGAUAACCAGUGACCACGGCAUGGCUCAGUGCUCAGAGGAGCGCCUCAUUCGCCUGAAUGACUGCCUCCACCCUGACAAUUACACAUUGGUGGACUUGACACCUGUCGCAGCUCUGAUUCCACAAAAAGAUGCUGACGUGAUCUUUGGCAUAUUGAGCAAGUGUCACAAACACAUGACAGCGUAUGUGAAGAACGCCAUCCCUGAUAGGCUUCACUACCGGAACAAUGAGCGUGUCCAGCCGAUCAUACUGGUCGCUGACGAGGGCUGGACCAUAAUCCAACAAGGAAACAAGCUGCCGAGAUUGGGUGAUCACGGCUACGACAACUCUCUACCCAGCAUGCACCCGUUCCUGGCAGCGACGGGGCCCAGCUUCCGUCAGGGUUACAGGACCAGCAGUUUACAGAGCGUGGACAUUUACCCGCUCAUGUGCCACCUGCUGUCGGUGCCACCACGGCCCAACAACGGCACCCUGUACCAGGCUCGCUGUCUGCUGGCUGAUGAGACCUGCUGGGACGUCCCUCUGGUGGUCGGCCUAGUGGUGGGCGUCCUGCUGGUGCUCUCUACACUUACUGUUUUAAUCCGGUUGCUGAGCUACCGCCGCUCGUCGGGCCCUCGAGCGUUCCAGAGGCUGCAGAUCGACGACGAUGAUGACGACGACCCCCUGCUGGAGUAAAGCAGUCAGACCAGCACACGCGGAUCUGUGUCACCUGUUCACACUCCAGCAGGUACCCGACUUGUUGCACUUUACUUGGCGCUCACUUCGCAGGCAGUGUUCAUGGGAUAUAUGUCGCACACAUAUGUAGGAGAAAGACUAACUGUUCCUAAAGCUUCCAGGCCUUCUGAUGUCUGCGGUUGUACACUGGCGUAAAAACAUUUAUUUAUUUAGCAUGAAGUUACUGCUGUUACAAAAUCUUGAACCUGUGAGAAGCCAGUGAUGUUUAAAAUGGAACUUAAAAAUAAAAAUUUGACUUAUAAUGGAGUUUUGAUUUAACUACUGAAUUUAUAUGUUUCUGCAGAAAUCAUUAAAUGUGUUUUAUUUUUUAUAUGUGUAGCAUUGGUUUGGGACAGCAGAGGGAGCCAGUGGUUUAUCUGAGAUUCAUAAUUUUCACUCAUGUCUCUUAAAGAGAAAAAGUUAUUCUUAUGAUUUGAAUUCUGCUUGGACUGCUUUUGUUUUGUUUGUUUUGUUUUGUUGCACUGAUACCUGAUACUACUUACAGUACAAUUCAUUCAUUCAAGUGGUGUUAAAAUGUCCAAAGAUCAGAAAACUCAACUUUAUAAUCUUGUAUCAUGGAAUUAAAGCCAUAUUAUAUUUGCUUUUCACACAAGAAUGUGAUGCACUGGUUUUGUGGUUUUCACUUAUUUGAAUGUUUGUCCAUUGAAAUACCAAAGACAACAGUAAAACAAUCCUCCUAAAGAAGAAGAGCCAAAGCCUGUCAUUGUUGUUUCAGAUUAAGUCAUACAUACAUACAUCGUUAUUCUGCUAAAUAUUGACUUAAAAACAUUGUUCGGCUCCUUUGUAUAAACUCUACUUUUUACCAUUUGACAUUUGUGACUUCUUUUAAAGGCUUUUUUUUCAAUACAACUAAGAGUCUAAGAGCUAUAGACAAGUUAUGAAACAGUAAAUUAAUAAUUUUGUCAUACAGCGGCUGCUGUAUGAUAUAAAAUCAGCCUUAUCAGCCAAGUGAAAUGUGGACAUACCGUUCUACUGCUGACACGUUUCUGCCCUUUGUUGCCUAAACGAGACCCACGAAGAAAGAGACCCUUGGCUAAAGGCUUGCUGUGACAUUUCUUUUGUACAUGUAUAAAGCAGAAAAACAAAAAUCUGUAGGAACUUGGGAUCCCUUCAUAUUAAUUGUAUAUCAUCACACAUUAAUACUGGAAGUAUUUGCUUAAAUUCAGAACAUACUUUUCCAAAGCUUAGUUGCUGCAGGACACAAGGAGCAACUUUACAUCUUUGAUGAAAGGUUUUAUUCUUUGUUCUUAUAUUCUAUAAAGAAUUACCUUUCCAUAUUUGAAAAACUGCAUCAUUACUCAUUUAUUACUCACUGAACCCUUUUCCUGUUUGGUCCUGUAUUCCUUUGUGUGCCACAAAGCAGCUCCAAUGACAAUCGAACCAGUGGCACAGUGUAAAAUAAACCAGGUAGAACCCUGUACCAGUCUCAACCAGGUCUCCUCUAUAUUCAUGUGCCUGCAGUGUUUAAAUGCUACCUGAGGUUCUUUUGCACUAUACUAUGUGUAUGGUUUUAAUGCCUAACGUUGCUGUUUCAACUUUCGAUUUUAAAGUUUAAACUUUUGAUGCUAUGCAAUUCCCGAUUAGCCUGUUGAGAGUUUUCCAAUGGUAUGUAAAGAAUAAAUAUAGUAAAAGUCAGUUUCAAAA